AUGAGUAUAUCUGAUCUAUAUCUAUAUCUUUGAGUUCUAAUUCUACGUCACGCGUCGUCACUCGCUGACCGUGAGGAGAAAAGGCGGGACCCCUUGCUUGGACUCCUGCGCAGUGCCUUAUGGGAAGCCAAGUUCGGACGGCGGCGGAGGCGCUGCCGCGGUGCCUUGUGGGGCGGGUAGUUCCGUUUCCUGUGGCGCCGUAGCAGAGGGCGCGUCGGAGGAGGCGGCGUCGGCGGCGUCGGCGGGAGGGAGCAGUAGGCCUGGUCCUGGGGCGGCCUUGUGGGAACUGUAGUCCGGGCGGAAGGCGGAGGGAGGGAGGGCCCGGUCCUUCCCCCGCGGGCGGCCAGGAAGGAUGCCGGGCUUCACGUGCUGCGUGCCCGGCUGCUACAACAACUCCCACCGGGACAAGGCGCUGCACUUCUACACCUUCCCGAAGGACGCGGAGCUGCGGCGGCUGUGGCUGAAGAACGUCUCCCGCGCCGGCGUCAGCGGCUGCUUCAGCACCUUCCAGCCCACGACGGGGCACCGCGUCUGCUCGGAGCACUUCCCCGGCGGGCGCAAGUCCUACCUGGUGCGGGUGCCCACCAUCUUCCCUUUGCGGGGCGUCAACGAGCGGAAGGGGGCCCGAGGAGGCGGAGGGCGGAGGGCCCGGCAGAGCAGCGCGGCCCAGGCCGCGGCCCAAGCCUCGACCCCGGCCGCCCAGGCCGCCGCCGCCCAGGCCGCCGUGCUCCUGACCCUCCAAGAGGGCGGCGGCGGAGCGGCUGAGGCGGCCCAGGCCCUGAGGGCAGGCAUGGGCAAGGCGGGGGCCGGGCUGGGCCUCGGGGAGGACGUCAAGCCCAUGGACCUGACCAUGCAGCUGGAGCUGGGCGGCCCCGCGGCGGCGGCAGCGGCUGCAGCGGCCAUGGUGGGCUCCCACCCGGUGGGCCUGGCCUUCCUGAACGGGCCCUUCUCCCCCGAAGGGCCCCCGGACCACUCCUACUCGCUCUCCUCGGGAACCACUUCGGAGGAGCUGCUGCGGAAGCUGAACGAGCAGCGAGACAUCAUCGCCCUCCUGGAGGUCAAGAUGAAGGAGAUGAAGGGCAGCAUCCGGCGCCUGCGCCUGUCCGAGGCCCAGCUGCGGGAGGAGAUCCGGGAGAAGGACCGCCUGCUCCACGCCGCCAGCCUGGCCGCCCGCAAGCGCCACGGACUCUGAGGGGACGGCGGCGGCGGCGGGGAAGGACCCUGGCAGGGAGAACGAAGGAAGGAAGGACCCUCCACUGAGUGGCCCAGACCUCACCACAAACGAACAAGGAAUGAGGACUCCACACUUCGGUGCCCUUUGCGGCAGAAAACCGGACACCAACCCGGGUUCGAAACUCUCCCGGUGGAGAGACGGUGCCCUUUCUGUCACUGCGGGAACCGCAGACUGACCCGACCCUGGCAGACCGGGCUUCGAAACUCUCCUGAGGGAGAAACGGUGCUCUAGAGCCUGGCCUCAUAGUCGCCUUGACAGAAAGGAAGGCCGACUGACAGCCGCUCCCUGGCUGGCUCUUUUCUUUCCCUGGCCAAAGUUUUUAGCCACUGCCUGGACAUUACUCGCCUUUGACACUGUGUCUGCCCACAACGGAGGUUAUCUCACACACACAUCGCUCCCCGUCCUCAUCCCGUCAUUAAACACAUCCGCAACUGCGAUGGCGCAAAAGGCUUUCAAACCCCACCAGUCUGCGGCAAUAACGCAGACUUCCAUUGAUGCAAAAUGCUGGCCGGCGUCGCUUUGACGACAGGUUAAUGGCAACAGCAUUGGAGCAAUGUCGCCCGAAAGUCUUUUGCGCCAUCGCAAUCAGACGGGUUAAUGACGGGAUCUGUGCGACGGCAUCUGAAAGUCCUUUCCGCAAUCGUGUGGUAUAGGAACGGGACAAGGACGGUAUAACCCCCAUGUGAUAAUCCCCGAUGAGCAUCAACUGCCAAGGCUUGGCUGAAACGUUUUUUAAAAGACAGCCUGGGUUACCUUUGGCUCGCUGACUCUAUACCCCUUGUAUUAUGUCCCGUUAAAAGUAUCGCUCUCGGUGGUGUUGACACCGUUGAAACGGAUCCAUCUUUAGCCUCGCUGGGGAAGUCUCUCUUGUCAAGUGGGAUGUUUCCACUAAAUAUGUGUAGGACUAUAAGCUGCCGCCGCCGCCGCCACCAGAACUCGAUUUACACUUAGUACAAAGCUAACGUUGAGGAGAAAUAGGUUCCUUUUUAGUGACAAGCACACUUGGGCUGUAAAGCAUUUUGUUCUGGAGUAGUUUGACAGAAAUCCCAGUGGUAUCCAUGGCAUUGUACGAUGGUUAUUUUGCAGUCAGCGUCUUGUUGAGCUUAGAAAAUGUAGGCAUUGUGUAUUUUCUUCAUCCUUCCAUAUGAAAGACAAGGGGGGUGGGGGGUGGGAUUGUGGUGUUUUCCUUCUGUCUCUCCCAAACCUCACGGAAAAUCACUGAUGGAGAAGACUCCAAAUUACUGUGCCAUUUCUGGUGUCCUUAACAGUGAGAGAGAGCAAGAGGCACAUGCAGUUUAUUUCCCUAUGUUGCAGUUGUAGUUGCUGUUUUGCCUUUCUUUCUUUCCCAGAUGUAGGGAUUAUUGUGGCUGUGCCAUAGUUGGAUGGCUCCAUGCCUUUCAACAACUGCUUCUCGUAUCACUUUUGCUCAUUUUUCUUGAUUUACGAUGCAGUAUAUUUGCUUUUCACUGAAGUUGCAGUGCAGUCUAGCUAACGGAAAAGGAAAGAGAUUAACCUCCAGUGACUGUGUAGAUCUUCUCUGCUGUGGAGUAAGUUAGCAGAGCUAGUCUCUGACUGAUGUUUGGUAUAAACUAGUGGCACAAACGUGAACUGACAAUUGAGUUUGGAGGAGUUAGUAGUAUAGUCGCUCUUAGUAUCUGCCGUUUCCACUUCCAUGGAUGAAAAAAACACAGGACUUCAAAUCCCAUGGUUUUCAAUGAUGAUGCAUGUGUGCGCGGUUACUGUGCCAUAGCCGCAUACAUGUGCAACCAUCAGGAGAAAUGGGGCUCCCCUUCCACAGAUGCUUAAAUCCACGAUGGCAAGCCUGUAGUUGAGAUGAGAAGGCUGUACUCUUCAGAUUCAAACCAAUCUAGGCUCGAUUUGCAUGGAUGGAAAUGAAAGAGGAGUCAGACCUACAGUCUGAUUCACUUCAGUUAGAAAUGUAUUGCACCCUUCAGGCUGUUACUGCAUAUGUAUAUAACUAAAUAGAUGCUUCUGUUUAAUACUUCUAGGCCAUUUGGUAAGAGUUCAUUCCCAUAAUCCCCCGGUCUCCCAGUGUGUGCUCUGCACAGCUUUGUGAAGAAUGUCAGGACUCCCUCCACUAAGAGGAAGGGAAAAGUAAAACCAAUUCUCUCAGGUCCUUCUGCUUUAACUAAAAACCAGACUUAACUAAAGAAGCUUUGGUCAUGUGGAACUGAUGAGCUUCUUGCAUUUCUAAGUGUACCUUCAGUUUGAAUUAUUGUGACUUGCUGGGAUUGGCUAGUGUCAGGAUGUCCUCUUUAUUAUUUUGGUUACAGUGUUUUUUCAUAUAUAUAUUUUAUCUAAUAAUCUCAAACAAAAAAUACCAGCAUAUAUUGCUUACGUAUAUUGUACAUACCUAGAGCAGUGAAAAUGAAGAAGAAGAAGAAAAAAGAGUGAUCCUUUUAUGCAAAUUGAAAAGCUAGAGAACACACCAUAUAGGAAAUGUAGGGCUUACAUGGGCCUUGGUUUCCCCCCCGCCAUGUAUAGAUGAGAAGACCUGUGGACUUCUUUCCAUGCUCCAGAGCUUGUGUAAUUGACUGUGCAGUUUAUUGGGAAAUAUAGCAGAAUGUAAACCCUAAUCUUUAUGGAUUUUGUGGAUGCCCUGCAGUAGGUAUUGGGGAAUUGAUCUGUUCUUUGAACAAGAUAGUAGACUGUAUCCAGUAAUUUGAGUAGAAUUUGCAAGAAUAUUGUCCAUUAUAUCCUUUUAUUUUUGGUAUUGAUUUCUAACUUUCUUUCUGCUUGCUGUCUUGUGCUUCUUAGAUAGGGAAGGAAAAUGUAGGCAACCAUUGUGUGCCCUUAGGUUAUCCUCGGUCACAGUUUUCAUUUUGCCCCGUGUGCAUCUGUUGAAAGUUUAGAGGGCACACCGGCUUUCUCUCUUUGUAAAUAAGACUGCAUUCUACCUGGAUGAAAGUGUUUCAGAGAUGUAUGUUGUGACAGUUGUGGUACUUUUCUACCAUCAUUAUGCACUAAAGUAUGUUCAGUUGAUUUGAUUACAGGACUGGUUAUCUGUUGGACUGUUCUAUUUUCCUGGUUAUCCUGAGGUGCUAACAAACAUGCUUCAUUUGAAUAAAGUCUAUUUUGUUUUGUUA